AUGGGCCAAUCUCAAAGCACUCCCCUUUCUCUCCUCGUUGCUAACUUCAGGGAUGUUAGAACCAGAGGACAGAAUUUGAGUUUAGACAUCCGGUGGGGAAAAUUAAUAACCCUCUGCCGCUCCGAAUGGCCAACCUUUGGCGUUGGAUGGCCAACCGAAGGAACUUUCUGCCUCCCUAUAAUUGCUAAGGUGAAAUCAAAGAUUUUUCUACCGGGUCGCGAGGGACACCCGGAUCAGAUUCCCUACAUUCUUGUAUGGCGGAAUUUAGUGGAAAAUCCACCCCCUUGGAUGGCCCCCUUCCUAUCCUCGGGAACGUGUAAGGUCUUUGCCAUGCGGCCUGCAGAUCCCCCAAAAUCAGGGACACCAGCCGCGCCCUUGUAUCCCAUAUUGCCCGAUAGUCAGGACCUAGUAUCCCUAGACCCUCCACCCUAUCUUCCCCCUCCCCUCGUACCCCAGGCCCUGCCCGCAGCAGCCGCCCCACCAGUCGCCCCGCUAGUUGCCCCCCCAGGGGAACCGGGAGGACGGGAAGCAGCAGCUGCACGGGAACCAGGAUGGGAGGCAGCAGCCGCGCCGGGCCCCAUUGAAAACAACCGCGAGGGGCCAGCCAGCCGAACCCGCGGGUGCACCCAGCGUGAACCAAACCCUCGCCUCCCUGACUCCACUGUGGCCCUACCCCUGCAGGAAAUAGGACCCCCCGAUGAAGCAGGCAACCCCCAACUCCAGUAUUGGCCCUUUUCCACCAGUGACCUUUACAACUGGAAAACACAGAACGCUCGAUUCUCUGAUAACCCUAAAGACCUAAUAGCUCUUUUAGACAGUGUCAUGUUCACCCACCAGCCCACCUGGGACAACUGUCAGCAGCUCCUCCGCAUCCUGUUCACUACAGAGGAGCGAGAGAGGAUCCAAUUAGAAGCAAGAAAUCUGGUUCCCGGAGACGACAGUCGGCCGACAUCUAACCCUGACCUCAUUAAUGCGGCUUUCCCCCUAACCAGACCUCCACAGGACGAAUGUGACUACAACAUGGCAGAAGGUAGGGGAAGGCUACUCAUUUAUCGCCAGACUCUGAUGGCGGGUCUCCGGGCUGCAGCUCGCAAGCCCACCAAUUUGGCUAAGGUAUAUUUGGUUGUACAGGGAAAGGCAGAGAGUCCAGCUGCUUACUUAGAGAGAUUAAUGGAAGCCUUUAGGCAGUUUACUCCCAUGGAUCCAGAAGUCCCUGAGAACCAGGCUGCUGUCGUUAUGUCCUUUGUAAAUCAAGCAGCUCCUGACAUUAAGAAAAAACUCCAAAGGCUAGAGGAUUUAGAAGGUAAACAGAUCCAGGAUCUGCUCCGUAUAGCACAAGGGGUCUACAACAACAAGGACGCCCCAGAAGAGAGAUAGAUCAAGGCCACAGAGAAAAUGACUAAAGUCCUGGCCGCUAUAGUCCAGAAAGAACAGCCACCCCCAGAAGGCACUCAAACAACACGCCCUCCCAGGCGGCACUUAGAUAAAGAUCAAUGCGCCUAUUGUAAAGAAAAAGGCCAUUGGAUACGAGAAUGCCCCAAGAAGAAACAAC